AUGCCUCGGGGUCAGAAGAGUAAGCUCCGUGCCCGUGAGAAACGCCGAGACAUCCAUGGUCAGCCGCAGAGUCUCCCGGGUCCUCAGACCACUGUAGAGAAGCAAAAAGAGCCCCCCACUUCCACUAUCUCUUCUGAUUAUCGGGGUGCUCAUCCUAAGUCUUCUGAUGCCUCCGUUCCUCAGGAGUCUCAGGGAGCUUCACCCACUGGCUCUCCUGAUGCAGGUGUUUCAUGCUCAAAAUCUGAUGUGGCUGCCAAGGGUCAAGAUGACAAAAGUGCAGGCACCUCCCCUGAUGCCUCCGUUCCUCAGGAGUCUCAGGGAGCUUCACCCACUGAAUCUCCUGAUGCAGGUGCUUCAUGCUCAAAAUCUGAUGUGGCUGCCAAGGGUCAAGAUGACAAAAGUGCAGGCACCUCCCCUGAUGCCUCCGUUCCUCAGGAGUCUCCCCCUGAUGCCUCCGUUCCUCAGGAGUCUCAGGGAGCUUCACCCACUGAAUCUCCUGAUGCCGGUGCUUCAUGCUCAAAAUCUGAUGUGGCUGCUAAGGGUGAAGAUGAGGAGAGUGCACACGCCUCCCAGAGAGCCAUGUACUUCAAGAGCUUAGGCCGAGAUCCUAUAAACAAGAAGUCGUGGGAGUUGGUGCAAUUCCUGCAGGAGAAGUUUGAGAAGAAUGAGUCCAUUUUGAAGGCAGACAUGCUGAAGCUUGUCAGCAAAAGGUACAAGGAGUACUUCCCUGAGAUCCUCAAGCAAACCUCCGAACAUCUGGUGGUGACCUUUGGUGUUGAAUUGAAAGAAAUUGAUUCCAGUGGUGAAUCCUACACCCUUGUCAGCAAGCUGGGCCUCUCCAGUGAAGGAAGUCUGAGUGGUUAUAAUGGGCUGGCGAAGUCGGGUAUCCUGAUGUCGGCCCUGGGUUUGAUCUUCAUGAAAGGCAACCGUGCCACAGAAGAGGAGGUCUGGGACUUUCUGACCUUCCUGGGGAUCUCCUCUAGGAUGACACAUCCACUCUAUGGGGAUCCUGAGAAGGUCCUUACUGAAGAUUUGGUGCAAGCAAAGUACCUGGAGUACCGGCAGGUGUGCAACAGUGAUCCUCCACGUUAUGAAUUCCUGUGGGGUCCACGAGCCCAUUUUGAAACCAGCAAGAUGAGAGUCCUGGAUGUUUUCGCCAAGAUCAAUAACACCGUCCCCGGGUUCUACCCACAUCUGUAUGAAGAGGCUUUGGUAGAUGAGGUACAGAAAGCAUUGAGAGUGAACUUUUAAGGCAGGGCUGGUACGGUUUCCUUGGCCAGGGCACCUUACGGGGCCACAUCCUACAGAUCCUCCCAUUUCUAGGGAGGUCUGAAGUAGAAUUUUUACUUGAUGUUAGAGGAGAGUAAUGAGCCUUCUAAAUAGUGCAGUAUAGUAGAGGCUGGAGGGAACAGGACGUGUUUCUUUCUUUUGUCCUGUUACAGAUGAGUAAUUUGUAGAUUUAUGUUUUGCUUUCUUUGUCAAUUUUCAAGAUUGUUCCUGUUAAGUGAAGGUUUAUAUUGCUUCAGAUUAUAAAUGUGUCAGUAACUUAGCUUUCACAUUCAUGGUUGUUUCACCAGUUUGAAAGUUAUGGUUGUGGUAUUCAUAAAACAAAUCUUACAGCGUUCAUAUUUUUGUUAUAAUUCAGAACUAGAUAAAAUGGUAAUAGAGGAGGGAUUUUCAUAUCAAUCUUAAUGAAUUCCAUAGGAAAAUAGUUGACAUCCUAAUAUGAUUAGAAAGAAAAAUAAAAAGGAAAUGUAAAUGUUCCUUAAUUCUUGGUUUGCCUUAUUUUUUUUUCCUAUUUAUUUUAGUUUAAAUAAAGGAUACCUGGAUUUAUUCAGGUUCUUAAA